CACUCCGUACUUCCUAGAUUGACGUGUUGUCGAUUUGCGCCACACAGCCAGCUCUGUCUCCGAAUUGUUGGUUUUGUUAUCGGUAAUUAACACAUUUUCCUAAUAGAAACUACAAUAUAUCAUUCCCUAUUAUACUCUGGUUGACGUUCUGGACUUUUUAAUGACAUUUCCGAUGUAGAUGACACCGGGAAUUCCUCUUUUGUUCACAUCACUUGAGAAAUUACGUCAGUGCGAGUGACGCCUAGCCUGACGCGUCACGCGUCGGUGGUAAGACGUAGGACGAGAGCUCCGCUAUUGUGUGCAGCUCGAGCUGCUGAUACAACACUGUCAUAUUGACAAUACACACAAGUUUACUGAGCUGACUUGUCUUGUGUGUUGUAUGUGGCGCUGGCUGGGUCAUUCGGAUUGCAAGCGAAAGAAACGCAACACAACCACUUGACGUGACUCAAGUCAAAGGACGCCGCGCUGCGUUGCACAAAAUGGAGAAGUCUGGGCAAGAUGAAAUCGACAAAGAGCAAGAGUCUUCAGAAGAAAAUCCCAUAAGCUUCACCAAGGAAGGCAACUCCAUGAAACUCAACUUCAUUAAAGAAGAAUCUGAGACAGAGGGUUGGAGUGCUGUUCUUUCAUCCCCCAAACAUGUUGAUGGCACCGAUGGUUUGAUAGAUCCAUUAUUAGAAGAUGGAAACAAUUGUGGAGAUAACUCUGAUACCGACGUUGAAGGCUGGAUUAAUGAUGGAAUGGGAAAUGCUGUCCCCAGCAAUCAUGUCAUGGAAAGAGGUAUCAAUUCUUCUGACAACAACACUCGGCAGCACUUGCAACAAGUAAAUCACGAACACGAGCGGGCAAGUAGACAACUCUUAAAGUGCUUUCAUUGCGACAGUACCUUUUCCAGAGAGCCCAAUCUCCUUGAACAUAUGAAAGUUCAUGCACAAGAACAUCAGGUAUUUCCAUCACAGUCCCAACUGAGGAGGCAUGCACGAACACACACACCUGGGAAGUAUAGUCAGGGCCAGAAGACGAGAGGUAGACAGGGACCUAAGACGACGUUCCCUUGGACGGAUCAGCAAGAGGAGGAGCUUGUUGAGUGGUGGAGGCAGAAUGAGAGUCUGUAUAACAGCAACAGUCAGGGAUAUCUUGACCGGUCACUGAGGGAGAGGUUGUUUACAUCCAAAGCAGAGGAGAUAGGGGAUGGUUGUAUGGCUGAAGAUGUACAGACACAUCUGCGAAGUUUAAGGACCAAGAUGAAUCACAUCCUUAAGGAGGGCCAGGCACUCGGGGCGACGCCCAUCGGAGAGGGGUGGACACCAAGAACGCCUCGGUGUAAAUGGGUGUGGGAAAGACUAGACUUCCUAAUACCGUUCAUCAUUCAUCGCAAUAUCAAGUCCGGUAGCAAGUUUCCCAAGGGAAGCUCCGGUGAGGACUCUCCGUCUGGGGGGUCUGAUGUCAGUAUGGGGGUGGAGAUAGUACCAGGGACUAGCAGCAGCAGCAACGAUCUGGUAGGACCAGUACCCAUUCCGCUCAGGGACAGCUAUGUAUCAAGCCCGGCCAGGUCUCGUGGGAAGACCAAGACUGCAAGGCAGGAUGUCUCUUCGAAGAAGGUUAGGAUGGAUGUACAUGUAGCCGCCCAGGAGCAAGAACUGCGCACAAAGUCAAGAACGACCGAAUUGGAUCAGAGUUUAAGAACUUAUGUCCCGCAUACCACCGUUCAUCAUCAGCCUCAACAUUCCAUUGAUGUCCAAGAGGCCCCGACAACCAGCAUCCCAACUACCACCAGCACCACCUCGCAUCAUCAGCCUGUCGUUUCCAGCGAUGAGGAGGAGGUGAAAGCGUUCUUGGGACACCUUAAGUGUACCCUUCUACGGAUUCCGGCUGACCUACGGAUGGAAGUGCAGGCUGAAAUACUGGCCAUGGUGUACGCCCGCCACAAGGAACAUAGGCAGUCUUGCAUGCAACCCUGAUGUAAGACACCCUGAGAAAAUGGACAGUCUUCCUGACUUCUUUCAAUGCAAGAUAUAAUAUGCCUUUGCAGAGGUGUUGUGGUCGAGCGGAUACGUCACCGGACUGUCGAUCACAAGGUCCGCUGUUCGAGUCCCGCUGCGGCACUAGUGUCCUUUGGCAAGACAUUGAUCUACAUUUGCCACACUCAACCCAGGUGAGGUAAAUGGGUACCUGGUAGGAUUAUUCCUUGUAAUGCACUGUGCACAGAUAAGGCUGCCGGAGCUAGGGUAAUAAAAGUCCAAAGCUCUUUGGAAGCGCAUAGAGAUGUCAUUUCAUAACGUAUUAUGCGCUAUACAAGAACUGAACUAUUAUUAUUAUUAUUAUUAUUAUUAUUUGCCAAUGGACUCACUGCUGCAUCAAUGAAUGAAAGUCAUGAUCACAGAUGAGCAUUGAAUCGUCACAGGACACUGGAUCGUAGCAUCACAGUGACAGAGGCAGAGCAUGUUCUGAGUUCACGAGUGUGUUGUUGUGGUUUAGUGGAUAAGUCUCAGGACUGUGAACCACAAGGUACAGGAUUCAAAUCCCCGCCAUAGCACAUUCCCCCUUUGGCAAGACAUUAAAAUCUACAUUUGCCACUCUCGACCCAGGUGUAGUAAGUGGGUACCUUGUAGGAUCUAUUCCUUGAAUGCACUGAGCGCCACGGUUGCCUGAGAUGAAGAUAGGGUAAUACUAUCCGAAAUCCUGUUGAAGCUACUACUACUAGGUCGAGCAUACUUGCACUGAUUUGACAAGCUUAUUCCAUUCAGUUCUAUUCUCCAUGAUCUUUGGGAGCUCCUGCCUUAGUAGACAGGUGUCUUUUCUAACUGGUCAAUGUAAGUCAUUGAUGGGCGCCCUCUGGUGCGUUUGCCUCUUGAGGGCUCCCAGAAGAGCAUUUGUGAAAUGAUUUCACUCUUGCUCCUCCAGCAGUGCCCACUGAAACGGAGGCGACGGUCUCUCAGUCUGGCUGAGAUCGGUGUAAUGUCCCUGUACAAUUCUAUAUUGAUAUGCACUUUACAAGAAAGGACUAUUAUUAUUAUUAUUGUUAUUAUGUUUAGUAACAUCACUUACUCUCAUAACUAUGCAUCAUUAUCAUACUGCUUUACAUACAGUCAGUGAAACAGUGUUGGGUCAACGGUGUCACUAGAAAAGACCUCAACUUAUGCAACUCUUGUGACUUCAAAGUCUUUGGUCAAUUUUAAUGAGGCUUUCUGUCAUGUUAUUGGCAAAUCCAAACUACUGUAUCUGCCACAGAGUCUUGUAGGCAAGGCGGCAAGCCCAAGGUAUUUCGUCCCAUAUGUUGCGGAAAUCAUCAACAUUUUUAGUAUGUAUACACAAUGAUUCUGUCAAGUUCUCACCGACAGCCCCACUAGAGCUUGAAUAUGCUAAAA